AUGCCCUCCUUGAUCGCCGUUCUUCUUGUGUUAUGCAUGACCUUCGGUCACGCGCACUCACGUGCCGUGUUCGCUCAUUUCAUGGUCUCGAACGCACUUCACUACACAGAUCAAGAUUGGGAACCCGAAUUUCAGGCUGCGAAAACAGCCCGUAUCGAUGCCUUUGCUUUGAACAUGGCAGCAGGAGACAUUGAUAAUUACUCACUGGAUCCUAUUUUCAUAAAAGCAAAAGAGCAUGGUGUUGGCCUUUUCUUCUCAUUUGAUUACGCGGGCAAUGGGGCAUGGGACCAAGAUACCGUCCUGAGUCUUCUGCAAAGGUAUACGUCUCAUGAUGCAUACUACCGCCACGAAGGGAAAGCAUUGGUCUCUACGUUUGAAGGGCCCGGAAGUGCCAUGGACUGGAUCACUAUCAAAGCCAACAUUGAGAUUUUCUUUAUUCCAGAUUGGUCUUCUGUUGGGGCCAAGGCUGCCGUGGCACUAGCGGCCGGCGUUGCAGAUGGUCUCUUCAACUGGGCGGCGUGGCCGAACGGGCCAAAUGCCAUGGACACUUAUGUCGAUGCCUCCUAUAUACAAUAUCUGGAGGGCAAGCCCUAUAUGAUGCCAGUCUCACCAUGGUUCUUCACAAACAUGCCCGGAUACAGCAAGAACUGGCUCUGGCGAGGUGAUGAUCUCUGGCAUACACGAUGGCAGCAGGCCCUUUACCUAGCUCCCGAAUUCAUCGAAAUCAUCUCGUGGAACGACUUUGGUGAGAGUCACUACAUCGGGCCAAACCCCGAUGAGCGUCAUCCAGUGGACGAUCCGAUCUAUACCGCCUUUAGUACUGGUGAAGCCCCGUACAACUACGCAGCAUCCAUCGAGCACAUCGGCUGGCUAGAGCUCCUACCUUUCUUGACCGAGAUGUAUCGGAACAACAAAACCAAUACCGGUGCGGAAACUCUUGUUGGUUGGUACCGGUUGAACCCCGCGGGGGCAUGUGCAGAUGGUGGUACCACAGGCAACACAGCCUCUCAGCUGCAACUGGAAUAUCGAGCUCACGAUAUGGUACAAGACAAAAUAUUCUUCUCGGCUGUUGUGUCCCAGCCGUCCGAUAUCACUGUGACUGUGGGUGGCGUGGAUCUCGGGGCCACAUGGACAGACAUCCCAAGCGGUGACGUCGGUCUCUACCACGGCAGUGUCUCUUUCAUAGGUUAUUCUGGGCCCGUAGUCAUCAGCGUGACGACUCCCGCCAGCGGCGUGAUCACUUUUCGAGGAGAGGAUAUCAGCAGUUCAUGCGCAGUGGGAGACAAAGUCGAGAACUGGAACGCACAUGUUGGCACUGCCCUUGGAGAGUGGUACAUAGAACAAUCUGCGGAUCUUGCGGAUGAGGUUUGUGUCAAGGUUGGCGCGUGUGUGUGCACCAAGCUGGGACCUCACCCAAAACUACCUCCAACUACCGGUGUCAAUGGUUAUCCCGCACGUGGCCUGGAUGCAAAUUACGCUGGACUCUGUGCAUUCACUUGUGAAUAUGGCUAUUGCCCCCCGGGCGCAUGCGGCACAGUUCCAGCUCCAUUGACCAUCCCCACAAUCUCUCCAUUCACGCCGGACACCUGCGUAAGUGGGACUGGAGAAGGAGAACUCGCCGGCUUAUGCAGUUUUGCUUGCAACUUUGGUUAUUGUCCCAUCUACAACUGUACCUGUACCGCGACAGGUCCCUUGAACAAACCUCCCACGCAGAAUGCCCCUGCGCUUGUUUGGGCACCGGACUUUGAGGAUAAUGGUCUUUGCGAAUUUGCUUGCACAAGAGACUACUGCCCGGGACCAACAUGCCUGAGUGACUCUAGUGGCUCCCCAUGUGGGAGCGUUGACAGUGACGAGAACUGUGGCGACGAACUUCCCUGCGAUUAUAGCAUCAGCUACAACUCCGUGGAGAAGUUGCAAUCAGAUCUCGAGAAGGAUGCGAACCUGUACGCUCCCUUCUGUGUCAGUUACUAUAUGCUGGGUGCUUUGAGCGGAGAGCUAGACUCAGUCAUGGAGAACUACACGAAAAUCGCUGAUACCAAAGACUAUGACGACGAUUUCAAAAAUUACAUCACCUAUAUGGAGCAGCUUACUCAAAGUAAGCUUCAGACCAUGAUGGACGACGGUCUUGCUUUCAGCGAACCGGGGCCCGGCAAUAAGUUCUUUGACUGUUACUGGAGCAAGGAUGUCGUACAUCGAGAUGCGAUUACGUCGUGGACAGCAUGCCCGGUCGAGUACAUUGCGGGUGAAGAUGUCUCGCACGUCAUCUACUUCAAACUCAAGGACGCGGAAGGCUUCAAUGCCACAUUGUUGAAGGAUUAUGCAAUUCAGCCAGACUGGGUGACGGUCGAUGGCGGCUUGCUCUUACCAGCGACUUAUUACUACGGGCCUCUGCCAGUGACACAGCUUACGGGAAGUUACGAUCCAGGUGAAGACCCCAAGCACCCUCCUCCCGGUGGAACCUCUCAUGUACAGCACGUUUAUUAUGACGGAUAUCCCAAUCGAGCCGAGCACAUGAACAUCAGCGAUCCUCGAGAGAGUAUGAGAGCGGCUGCUCCGCAGAUCCCAACCAUUCAAACCGACAUCAUGGUCGCUCAACUGGAAAUCGCUUCCGGUGGCUUCGAUGGCGUGAUCGACGAUGUCGUGCAGACCCUUUCAACGGCGAUAUUCACGAUCGCAGAAAUGGUCAAUCGCAUGCAGAGUGUGAUUGACAUCGGGGAGCAAGUCGCGGAAGAAAAGAAAAAAGCCAAAAUCUUGGAGAUCAUUGGCGCUGUGUGCAUGGCGCUUCCUUUCCUGGGACCCGUUGCCGAAUUGGGCCCAGUGGCAGAGACCGUCGUUGCGGUCGUCUCUUUCACAGCAACACUUGGGAACGAGGCUCUGGGAGUCAUGUCAAUCAUUGAAGAUCCUGCAAGUGCUCCUGUUGCAAUUCUCGGUAUGCUGCUUGAUUUCCAGCUGGGUGCAAAUGGAGCAAAGAUAGCGGGCAAGCAGGCGGAUGGAUCUUUGGGAAGCGCUACGUAUAAGGAUCUUGCAGCCACGCGGCGCGGUAUGACAGCCGAGAAAGCAACGUCUUUCGGGAAGCUGUUCAAGGAAAAGAUGGAUCUUGUCUCGAAGGUGACCAAGAAGUGCGCGAGAAGUGAAGCAUGA